AUGCGUAAGUCGCAGGCUCUGCUAAUGGGCGGCGGCGUCGGCGGCGGAGACCAUCGCCUGGGUCUGGACGAUGCUGCAUCCGAAAGCUAUUCGUCGAGCUCGUCGUUCAGCAAUUCCUACAGCGAUGGCAGCGAUCUGGCCAACUGGGAGGAGUUCGUGGCCCCCGAUGGCACGCUCUUCUAUGCCGAAUACGUGCCGCACGCGAGGUCGAGCUCAUCGAACCCGCAAUCAGCGACAGCGGACCGACGUGUCGAGUUUAUGCGGCGCACUUCGUCGCUGCGCCUGGGAAAGAAGCCAACACGACGCCAACAGAACAGCCAGCAAUCACAGCACCAAACCAAGCACAAUGGCAAUCGUCAGAGUCAACAGGCGCCAGUCGAGUUGGUGGAAGAGUUUCGCUUUGCACACAUAAAGCCGUUGCAGACGGAGCAGAGCAAGCAACUGGAAUUGGUUAUAACCGCGGCGGAUCGCUUUCGCUUUGGACGACGCUCGACAGCCGUGGAGUCCAUACUGGGCUUUCGGGUGCUGCCCUUUGUCGAUCAGCCCGAAUGCCUGAUGGUCGAUGGGUUUGUGCAUCAAGAGCAGCCGCCCAUACGGAGGGGCGACUGGUUCAAGUCCCUCAAUGGCAUCGACAUACGGGCCAGCAAUGUGGACGAGCUGUUGCAGCAGUUUGUGGAGCCCACAAAGGUUUGUCUGGGCUUUCAGGGCGCCGAUCGCAAUGAUGGCAGCACCUUGCCCGGCGCCGCCUCUGGCAUCGAUGCGAAUGCCAAUAGCAAUCAGGUGCGUAAGCUGGAAAACUUUGCCCAGUUUGCCGAGCAAUUCGAGCAGCUGCUGCUGCAGUCGACCAGCACAACGGAGUUGGAGACACCCACGCCCUUUGCAAUGCUUAUUCUGCCGCCGGAAUGUUAUCAACAGGACCAGCACAAGGACUCGCUGUACUAUUAUCCGGAGAGUGCGGAUGGCGGACUCAGCAAUUUUCUAUACAAGGCGCGUGGCAGUUUUCUGACCAUCAACGCCGUACUCAGCGAUGAGCUGCAAACGAAGCCACGCUGGACGCGAUUGCUGGUGGAUAGCGUCGCCUACAAUGUCAACUAUCGAGCGCUGAAUGGCUUCCUGGUGCUGUUCGCCUUUACGGCCCGGGAUCAGACAGCAGCCGAAUGUGCUUUGCGCUCUGAUGAGCUGAUCGGCUAUAUGCGCUUUGCCUUCCCGGGGCUCUGCCUCGACAACUUUGCGAAUGCCAAUGAGACGACAAGUGGUCUGCGCGCUUUUCUGAAACACUUCUGCAAUAUCCAGAGGGUGCGUUUGCUCGCCCGUCCACGUGCUGGCGUUCAGUUCGAGGAGCUGUUGUGGGAGUCCAGGCUGCUGGCUUUGCCAAAGGAGGCGCAGCUGCGCAUUUUUGACGCCCUCAGCGAAAUGGAGGCCAUGGAUUAUCGCAACUGGAACGAUGAACCUUUGACCACGCAUCGUGAGUUCUUCAUCUAUGGCUGCGUUCUGUACUACGAUAGCUAUCUGUUGGCCUCUCAGCUGCCCGUCGAAGUGCGCGCCAAUGUGGAGAGGUUUCUGCGCUGCCGCGGCAUCUUCGACUUCAUUGGAGCCCAGAAUGUCAGGGAACUGUAUGUGUGGGAGGAGAUUGCGUUGGCCAAUGCCACUGGGCGCUACUUUCUGACCAUUUGCACGCGCAGUCAUCUGAUUUUGGCCGUCAUACUCAAGAUAUUCGAUGCGCCGGACAUGGCACCCAACGCCACAAUCCCACCAUCGCUUUUCUACAUUGAGGAGAUUCAGGAAACACUCGACCAUUUAAUCCAGUGUGGCAUUGAAUCGCUCGCAAUGUUCUGGUCCAUUUCCAAUAAAAGGCCUGAGGUCUUGGACAAAGUGGAAAGCACUGCUGACACGGGCGCGGACGAGAAAGAGAGCAAGCUGGAAACGUUUCUCAAGCAGAAACUCACAGUUUCGAGUCCCAGCAGCCAUGCGAGCGUCCUCAAUGACGACGAAGUCCAGCUGUGCUCUUCCUUGGGCGGCUCUUCCAUACACAGUCUCACUCCCAGCGAAGAUGAUUCAUCGCGUAAGCGCCUGACGCCCAACCAUGCGGAAGAUUCCGACAGCGGCUCCGACUGGGAGAACUUUGCCGAACAACAUCCCUUGCACUAUGGGCUGGAUGUGGAAAGCCAAAGUCAAAUGACCGAGUCCCUGUGGAAGGAGAUCAACAAUGUGGUGCCCGUAAAGAUCUCCGCCGGUUGGAAGAACGCUGUUUACUACUACGUGUACGUGGACACGGCAAAUGGAUCGCUCUUCUGUCCCCUCAAAGCCAAUUCUGAAUUAUUUCCAUUUGUCUGUGAGAUGCGCAAAGCCUGUCACAUUAUUCACGCUGUGCUGGAGCGCUCUAAGAAGUUUCGCCAGCCGGUGGAGGUCACAAAAGCCCCUCCUGUGGGUGGUGCUGGUCCCGGGGUCAGCAGCAGCAGCGGCACCAGUGUCAGCAACAAGGAUAUAUCUGUGGUUAAGGAGCACGGCAUCACCAUGGAGGUGAAAGGUACUGCGAAAGAACAGGGCGGUAAGCCCUAUAGCGUCAGAUUCGUGGUAAUUGGCAGACUUUUUAACUCGCCGGCCAAGGAGGUUUACGUUUGUCAUCGUCCUGAGGUGCCGCAAAACAUGGUCGAGAUGGCCUUCCGGCUAUCCUUCUUUCCAUUGGGUUAG